GGUUGCCAUCACAAUUUUCACAAAAACCUUUUCGUAAAACCCUAAAACACCACAACCAAACUAAGCUCGUUCGUUUGUUCGUAGGCUAUCUCUGUUAGUCACGAUGUUGCGCAGGAAUGUUAGGUUAAGAAAGGAGUAUCUAUACCGGAAAAAUUUGGAAGGUGAAGAGCGUCGUGUCUAUGAGAAGAAGCGGAAGAUCAGAGAAGCCCUUCAAGAAGGGAAGCCGAUUCCUACUGAGCUCCGAAACGAAGAGUCGAAGCUUCGACAGGAAAUUGAUCUGGAAGAUCAAAAUACAGCCGUUCCACGGAGUCAUAUUGAUGAUGAGUAUGCAAAUGCGACGGAAAAAGAUCCGAAGAUUUUGUUGACUACGUCUCGUGAUCCAAGUGCUCCACUCACUCGAUUCGUCAAGGAAUUGAAAAUUUUAUUUCCUAAUGCUCAGAGAAUGAAUCGUGGUAAUCAGGUCGUUUCUGAGAUUGUUGAAACCGCUCGUUCGCAUGAUUUUACUGAUGUUAUAUUCGUUAGUGAGCACCGUGGUGUGCCCACUGGUCUUAUUGUCUCUCAUCUCCCGUUUGGACCAACUGCAUACUUUGGAUUAUCCAAUGUGGUAACAAGACAUGAGAUUCAAAACAAGAAAGCAAUGGGAAAAAUGUCUGAGCAAUUUCCUCAUCUAAUUUUUAACAACUUUACAACCCAGUUGGGUAAAAGAGUUUCGAACAUCUUAAAGCACCUCUUCCCAGUUCCAAAAAAGGAUGCAAAACAUAUCGUUACUUUUGCUAAUAACACUGAUUAUAUUUCAUUCAGGAAUCAUGUCUAUGAUAAAGGAGCAGGAGGCCCGAAAUCGAUUGAACUUAAAGAACUCGGUCCUCGUUUUGAGUUGCAGCUCUACCAGCUGAAGUUAGGAACUGUGGAUCAAGAUGAAGCAGAUAUCGAAUGGGUUAUUAGACCUUACAUGAACACUGCUAAAAAACGCCAGUUUAUUGGUGAAUGAUGCUAAAAUGCACCGACCUCUAUUUGAAACCAUUUUAGAGGUCUUAUUUAGUUUCUGUUUUCCCUUUAAUUUUGUUGGAGAAGCUGUUCAGUUUUUGUAGUCCUCAGAGGAAAUUGCGAUUUUGAUUAUUCGAUUACUGUAAAAUUAGCAUCGAUUUGUUGUUUUAA